AUGGUUGAUGUGCAGCCGGCAUUGACAAAGAUCGACGAACUCGCAGUACCAACGAUCGAGGACACCGAGAGCGGAAUAGUGUUGGAUCUUAGUUCCAUUCAUGAAGACGAUUCCAAGGAUGAUGCACAUAGCGAGCCAGAACACGAAAAUGGUACGGAAGAAACUGUCGAGAUGGACAACCAGAAAAGUUUAGAUGGUGAUCAGAAUGAGGAUGUUAAAAAUAGUACACCCGAGCCACAAAUGUCGUUUGAAAAUGAACCCGCAGACAAGGUGCCAGAGAACGUAUUGCAACCAACGAUCAGGAAUUUCUAUGUCAGCGAUUCGGAUACCGACGGUUUGGCCAUGUUGGAGAAGCCUGUGUUCCAGCUAUUUGUACAGUGCCUUGUUGCUGUCACUUCUCACGAACGUACUCGUGCAAUAAAUCGAACCAAAAUCAAGUCCUAUCUUCUCAUCGAAAAUCCAGGAAGAAGAGCUCGAGAAAAGGAUCAGAUCAGCGGAAAGGGCAGAAUGGUGGUUCAAGACGAGAACAAGAAUCGAAAGCGGUACCGAUGA